AUAUAGCGACUAUAAUUAACCUGUUCAGGAGCCAAGGAUGAGCUCAGACAUUCAGGCUGAUUUAUAUAAUAUAAUUUCUCUGCCACACAUGAUGCUUCCUUCAGAGAGUGUUCCCGCCGCGGUGACAGUCGACAGUCUCUAUUUAUAGGAGCUUUUAAUGUAUUAUUCUUCAUACAGUGCCACACCGCCGCUGCUGCUGCUGCUGUGUGAUACAAGCAAGUGGGAGGAACAGCUUCCUCUGUUUUGCCUCAAAAAAAAAAAAAAGAAAAGAAAAAUGACGAGACAUCUUCCUGGAGCUGCUGCUGCAGCAGGGGUGGAUUUGGCUUCCAGUCUCCUGCAUUGCACAAUCUUUCCCCUCCGCUCAGACAGAUAAAUAAGACAAAAGAAGGAGCGCUGGAGGACGAGGAGAAAGGGGAGAGAAGACACAGAGAAAAAGGACGGGAAAAGAGCCAUAGUAGGUUGAGGGGGUGUGGAGGAUAAUAGAUUGAAAAAAAAAGAAGAAGAAGAAGAAAAGAAAAGAGGGGGAGAGGGUGAAUGGCAGAGGGGGUAUGAGGAGAGGACGGGAAGCAGCGGUGGCAGACGGAGGGAACAGGAAGAGAGAGGGAGUUACGCCGCAGUAGAAUGAGGGUUAGAGUGAAAGAGAGAGCCAAGAAGCAUUUGAGCUGCCGCCCUUUCGCACGCCGCUCGGGAUCCGCCGCUUUCUGAAGAGGCAAAGGAGAAGGAAUCCACCGUGGAGGCGAGAAGGAGAAGGAGGAGGGGGGCCGAGGAGGAGGAAGCCAGAGGUUCUACACACAAGAUGGCUGCUGUGUCCUCUGCCUCUGACACUGGUGACCCCAGGGGCCGCCACCCUCCUGAGCGCAGACUGCUCAUCCUAGGGGGCCCUAAGUCGGGUAAGACCUCCACCGCCAACAGCAUCCUCGGGGACGAGGUCUUCGACGCCGGGACGGACACGACUCACAGCAACGUGGGCCAGACGGAGAUCUACGGCCGGCGUGUCACGGUGGUCGACACCCCUCCGUGGGUCAUCCCCGCCGACCCGGAAGAGGACGCCGAAGCUGACAACAACGACGACGACGACGACAACGCCGGCGCCGAGUCGGACAACCCGAGGCCCCCGCCGAGCCUGGACAGCGAGGGGCCGUGCAUGGGGGCCAUCCUCUGCCCUCCUGGACCCCACGCCAUACUGCUGGUGGUGUCGGUCACCCAGCCCUUCACCGACACCCAGAGGAGGGCCGCAGAGGAGCAGCUGGGGGCCCUGGGCGGAGGCACCUGGAGGUACUCCAUGGUGCUGUUCACCGGCGUGGACAAGCUGCCCAAAGGCGUGUUCAUCGAGGAGCACAUAGCAAACACUGGAGAGGCCCUGCAGUGGCUGGUGGAGAGAUGUGGAAGCAGGUACCACGCCUUUGACAACACGAGGAAAGAGACGGAGGAUAACACACAGGUGCCUGAGCUGAUGGAGAAGGUGGAGGAAAUGAUCACUGACAACCAGGGAUGGUACUUUGAGGUGAAUGAGCUGAUUUUACUGGAGGAAGAACAAGCGCGGAGAGCUCUGGAGGAGGAGAGGAUGAGGAUGGAGGAGCACGCGAGACAGAGGGAGCAGAUGAUUGGAGGACCUCCCAGAGAGUUGAGGUUGCUGUUGCUGGGCUGGAAGGGCGUUGGAAAGAGCUCGGUGGGGAACUCCAUCCUGGGCCGUCGGUACUUCGAGUCCGGCCAGGAGACGGAGCUGUGCCUCAGGCGGCAGGCGCUCGUGUCUGGCCGUCGGGUCACCAUCGUCGACACCCCGGGGUGGGACUGGUUCUCUGUGAGGCGAACCCCGAAGCGCAUCCGCCAGGAGUCCCAGCGCGGAGCCGCGCUCCUGCGGCCCGGACCGCACACCCUGCUGCUGGUCCUCCCCGUCGUCUCGUCCCUCACGGCCCGGAAGAGGCGGACGCUCCUGGCUCACAUAGAGACUCUGUUCGGCGACGGUGCGUGUCUCCACACCAUGGUGCUCUUCAGCUGCGGGGACUGGCUGGGCCGCACGCCCAUCGAAGAGCACAUCCUUCGAGGCGGGAGGGAGCUGCAGAGACUGCUGGAGUACUGCGGGAACUAUUACCACGUCCUGGACAGUAAGACCCCGGGAAAAGACAGGAGCGUGUCGGUCCUGCUGGAUAAGAUCGAGGAGAUGAUCCGGGAGAACGGAGACAAGGCCUUCCUCCCCAUCCAGACCGAGUGGUUGAGCGAGGAGAGCUCUUACUCCUCCGACAACACCGAGCCGGAGGACGACUGUCGGGGAUGCCAGCUGCAGUGAGACGGCCGCUCCAGAACCGACCCGAACAUCACCUCAUGUAACUUAAACCUCAUCCAGAUCUCCCUGUCCGACUCCCAGGAGCUUUAGGGGGAAAACAGACGGUUUGGAGCAGGAGUCUCGUCACGAGUAGCUCUUCUGUUAGGAAAUGAAAAGAACCGAAGUCACUGAUCUCCGAUCAGCAGAAGCUGGACCUGGAGGGACGGUGCAGCGGAUCGACGCGUCUGAGAGACUGAGAGUUGAUCAGACCCGAGAGGAGGAGAAAUAUCCUGCUUUUGCUUCAACUGCUGCUAAAGAGACCCUGUUUCAACACUGCAGAGUAAAGAAUUACUCAUCAUUAUAACUCUAUGUUCAAACUGCACUGAUAAGAUUUGUAUUACGAGUUGGAUAGGAGAUAAUAUUGGGGGGGGGGGGGGGGGGGGGGUCAUGUCUGUAGCUCUUGGUUAGUGGAGGACUAAGAGGAAUGUCUCUACCUGUGUCUUGUAUCGGUGUCUGGGGGGAUUUUUACAGUCCAGUCAUCCCCUUUCUGCAUCACGUGCCAAAUGACAGGAGAUAAUAAUGUAUACCUGAACAUCUGCAGCCAGGUGCGUCCAACCAGAGGACCGGGAGAGUCUCCACUCCUUUGUGAACUUCCUGCAGACAUGAAGCGCGGUAUAACUUCCUGAUCUCUCCUUACAGCGAGAUGAACGUUUUCCUCAUUAACAUUUGAUCGGGUUUAGCUCAGGGAGUCAGGGGCGAAAUCUGGCUCAUUUACAGAAAGGCUGGUUAAAGCUGACGUGAGUCACAUAUUCACUCAAACUGGAGCUUUUCUGCGAGUAUUUGCUUUAGUUUGCUGGAACUAGAAGAGAGUCAGUCUUUGCGCUUUGGUUGUAAUUGGUUACUUUGGUUCUCUUGUGCUAAAAAAAGAAACAAAAAAGAAAAAGCAGUAAAUAUAUAUAUUUUUAUCCCACUUUCGCUGUGGCAUUCAUGCUCAAGAGAAUCUCUAAAAACAGUUGAAGGCUGUGAUCAAACCAUGUGCAGUCUCGGAUCCCUGUGGAGCAGCUCGGGCCGUCUGCGGUCGUGCAUCCGGUGCAUUUAUCCACAAGGUAGAUUCAGCCACGUGCCUCAGCAUCGAAGCGCGAGAGUGGGAGUGCAGCCCGGCGGCGGGCCGGUGUCCUGUCGGCUACAUCAAGCUUUCGCAUGCUACAGAAACAACAUAACCUCAUGAAACCAUGUGUGAGCUCACAGAGGGCUUUUACUACCUUUUUCUACAUCAUCGAGACACCCGCUCCCGCCAUCUAAAGUCAUAUUUUGAAAAAGAUAGAAUAUAUAUACAUAUAUAUAUAUUCAGCUCUCAGAGGCAUGUUAAGACACCGCAUGCAGAUAAAUGAGUGCCUAUGGAGUUGAAGGCAACCUCACUUCUUCUUAUUGCUCUGACUCUUGCUUGAGCAGAUCUAUGUGAAUUUCUGGUAAGACAUCACAACCCUCUACCUUUACAACUGCAAAAAAGAAAAAAGAAAAGAAAAAAUUAAAAGUGGAAAGAAGAGAAUUCACACACUCUGAAAGGUUCAAAUGAAAGCAUGCAGUCCAGGCCGCAAGUAUUUGGACAGUUGCACAGUUUUCGUUCCUCAGGCUCUGAACUUCAGCACAUCCGGUUUGAAAUAAAAAAAAUAAGUGGACGAGGUUCACAUCAGUAUGGAAGGUGAAUGUGCUGAAGCUCAGAGCCUCAGGUGCAUCGUCAUCGUCCUCACACACGUGGUCUGUGCUGUAUAAUAUGUGACCGUUACCACUGCCAUGCUGUAAAAUCAGAUUUUAUACAGACGAUGUAGCCUAUAAAAGAAACCCCGACACGGCUUCCUCUUUGCUUUUACUGACUCUGUGCUCCAUCUAGUGACGUAGGCUCCCGCUACACUUAGUGUGACAAGCAUGACUAUUUACAAUUUGAUAUGAGGAUGUUUCAGAUAUCGAUUCAGGAGUCUCAGUCCCGCUCCGAUCUGUGAAUAUAUUGUAUGAGCAGUGUAUAUUUCCGGUGUACAACAUGUUACGUCGUCGGCUUUUAGCGAGGCAUUUUGCACUGUGUACCACUUUACUGUAGCCAAAGUGACAUUACUUCCUUUGUGGUCCUUCGUACAUUGGUGCAUCGCAUCAUCAGUACUUUGUUCAUCCCCAGACAACAAUAAAAGAUGUGGAUAUAUUGUUGUGUA